AUGCCAGGAUUCGAAUUCCACCGCGAGACUGAGACCACCGCGAUUGAGACUGUCGUCGAGGUUGAGGCGACCUCCGCCGACACCAACGGCCAUGCUGUUCGCGAGGGUGUCUACUACAACCCCCGCCUUGAUCCCAAGAACUACCUCGAGGGUCCCCUUUCGCAUGACCCCGCCACCCGCCUCCGCCAGAUGCUUGCGCGCCCUGGCAUUGUUGUCGCCCCCGGUAUCUGUGAUGGCAUCAGUGCACGAUGCGCCCUCGAGGCGGGUUUCGACUGCAUGUACCAAAGCGGCGCUGCUACAACCGCAUCCCGCUUGGGCAUGCCUGAUGUCGCCAUCGCCACCUUGAAUGACUUUGUGCAGAGCGCGCAAAUGGUCUGCAGCCUGGACCCCACCGUCCCUGUCAUUGCCGACGCUGACACUGGCUUCGGUGGGCCCGCGAUGGUUGCGAGGACCGUCACCCAAUACGUUCGCGCUGGUGUUGCUGGUCUUCAUAUCGAAGACCAGGUGCAGACGAAGCGUUGUGGACACUUGAUGGGCAAGCAAGUCGUCUCCCGCGAGGAGUUCUUGCAGCGCAUCCGCGCAGCAGUCAUUGCUCGUGAUUCCAUUCCCGGUGGCUCCGACUUUGUUAUCAUUGGCCGCACUGACUCGGCACAAGUCCUUGGUAUGGAGGAGGCGGUCACACGUCUCAAGCUCGCGGCAGAUGCCGGUGCAGACGUCUGCUUCAUUGAGGGCGUAAAGACCUCCGAGCUGCUCAAGGACACCGUCGCUGCCCUUGCUCCCAAGCCUGUGCUUGUAAACGUCAUCUCUGGCGGUCUUACUCCGUCUUUCACCUGCAGCGAGGCGGAGCAGUAUGGUGCCAAGAUCAUUAUCUUCUCACUUGUGUCGUGUGUUGCGGCCGUGCAUGGCAUCCGGGAGGCUAUGCGGUCGCUAAAGAAGACCGGGACAGACUUCACUUCCGCUCGGGGCAUGGACCCCAAGGCAUUCUUCGAAGUCAUGGGUCUCAACGAUGUCAUCAGUCUCGACGCACGGGCGGGUGGCAAGGCGUUCGAGGUUGUAUGA